CUGUAGAGAAAACAACACUUCCGCGUUGCCUCUUUUUAGAAUGAAAUGAUCUCAUUAAUGACUGUUCAAUAUGGGUCAAGGUUGAGUGAAACUGAAAGUAGCUUCACUUUUUUUGAUCGCCCUAAAACAGAAAUGAUUGUCGUUGUUAUUGGUGUAUGUGGAUGUGGAAAGUAAUUGUUUCACGUAUAAUUAUACAAAAGACGACAGUUGGUGAAGCUUUGGCCAAAAAAACUGGUUGGAUGUUUGCUGAUGCAGACGACUUUCAUUCACAAUCAAACAAGAACAAAAUGUCUCAAGGGCUGCCCUUGACUGAUGAGGACAGAAUGCCUUGGUUAAACGCCAUUUAUCAGCAUUUGAACAGUUUAAAACUCAGCAGCCAGUCAGGUAUUGUCACUUGCUCAGCAUUAAAGAAACAAUAUCGCAAUAUUCUUAGAAACGGAGCCACUUAUGACAGACCUAAGACAUCUGCCGAAAACUCUACAAGUGAAGUCCAGAAUGUUUGUGACCAUGUAGAAGAGGGUGGUCUUGAUUUAGUGUUUAUUCACCUAGCUGGUGAGGAAAGUGUGUUAAGGUCAAGGCUGGAAGGUCGUCAGGGUCAUUUCAUGCCUCCAACUCUGUUGCGAUCCCAGCUUGAUACUUUAGAGCCUCUUGCUGAAGAUGAAAAUGGAAUAGUAUUGGAUAUUGACAGGCCAUGUGACGCUAUCGUAGAGGAGAUUGUGAAGAAAUUGGACUUGUAGUAAAAAUAGAAACUUCAAUGUUAUGUAAAAUGUGAUAUAGAAGAAAAGCCUGCUACAAAAUGCCCCCAAAAGUGCUGAUAUUGAAACUGAUAUGAUAGAUAUUAGUUUUGACCUUCUCAUGUGAGCUUUAUAGUUUUGAAAGACUUGGCCUUAUAGAGAGACUGUUGAGUCUGUUUCCUGGGAAUAACCACUACUUUGUGUCUUUGAAAAGAUCUAAAGAAUGCUCCAUCAAUGGGGAUCGAAUCUGAGACCUUUCGGCUGCAAGGCAUAGAAAAAACAAAUGAAAAUGCACAAAGGCCACAUUGCAAUAAUGAGCUAACAAAUGUACUUCUAAUUGUAAGUGUGAAGAAAGUCGGCUUUUAUAAUAAAGAAUUUAUGAUAUGACAGCCAAUAUGUUUUACUGUGAUAUUACUAAAAAAAGAUUUCUGACUUAAGUUUACAAUAAAAAAUAAGCAAAGCAACGCCACAAAAAUAGGUUUUAAACAUGCCAAUCAUCAACUUUAUAAAUCACAAGCUGGGUUUAAGUGCGUAACUUCCAUUAAAACUCAAGAGUUUUUAUAUUUUAGGUGAGUGUGACCUGGCCGUUGAUUCCACUUGUACCAAACUCAAUGCCAAGCUAGUCCUGCAUGUAAGCCACCUACAUCAGAUAAAAUAACCUCAUAAAAACUCCCGCUAUUGACCAGAAACACUUUUUCUCAAGCUUUAAACAGAAGCAGUGUCAUUUACCUUAACCCAACCAGUCACAGAUGAAAUAAAAAGCAAUUUAUCUUUGUAAGCUACUAAAAAACAAGCCCAAUAUUUCUGUCCAAACUCUAGUUAUUAAGCAAAAACCAUUUUUCAAAUUUUAAGUCAAUUUUAAAUUACAAUUACCUUUAUCUUUACUCUUCUUGCCUCAAAUUAACUCCCAAACAAUGUAAACAAAAAAUAUCCAUGCUCUACGUCCAUCCAAACUCAAGUUAUUCACUAUAAACAAGCUAUGUCUACAUGCAUGUACACCCAAAAUACAUUUGAAUGAAAUAGUAACAAUGCCUGCACAGCUUUAUUUUGCAAUCGUUUUAGAACUAUUUCAUUUUUAAUGAUGUCUGUACAUGUUUAUUUAUUAUAGAUUGAUGAGUAGCAAAUUAUUAUAUUUGAUUUUAAACUAUCUCUUAAGAAGCAAAUUUAUAUUUGAAAAUACAACUUUAUUAUGCAAUAUCAUUUAAAAUCAAAAAGACGUUAAAACCCAAGGAUGUAUUUCCCUUUUCAUUCAAAAUCAUGGCUUAAAAGAAAUAAACUAAUCAGGUCACCAUUUGUGAAUGCCUCAAAACUAAAGACACCUGAAAACAAGUAACAACAAUUGCUUAAAGUUUAUUAUACAAACAUCAAACAAAAAACAUGUUCCAUCAUAAAUAAUAAAAUAAAUACAGUAAAAAAUGAGACAUGUCAAUGAAAUAAUUUGUAAUUAUGAAAGAAAAUGUGUGACUGUACACACAAUCAUAAUAAAUUUCUGGAUGUUUUGCAUUCAGCACCAUAUUUUAGAAGCAGAGUUUAAUAAAUUGUAUGAAGAGCAAUUCAUGGCUAAAGGGUUUGUAUCAAAGUUUAAACAAUACAUGGCUCACAAUUUUGUAUUGAUCAACUUAAUACAAUACAUGGCUCACGUUUUUGUAUAGAUGUAAUACAAUAUAUUGCUCACAUUUUUGUCUUGAAAUUAUACAAAACAUUGCUCACAUUUUUCUAUCGAAGUUGUACAAAACAUGGCUCACAUUUUUGUAUCAAUGUAAUACAAUAUAUUGCUCACAUUUUUCUAUUAAAUAUAUACAAAACAUUGCUCACAUUUUAUUAUCGAAGUAAUGCAAAACAUGGCUCACAUUUUUCUAUUAAAUUUAUACAAAACAUUGCUUACAUUUUUGUUUCCAAGUUAUACAAUACAUGGCUCACAUUUUUAGCGAGGCUGUUUUCGGAGAAAACCCGAGCUAUUGUCAUAGCCAGCGCGUUGUCCGUUGUAGGCGUAGUGCUAAAACCUUAACAUUGGCCAUAACUUUUUAAAUAUUGAAGAUAGCACCUUGAUAUUUGGCAUGCAUGUGUAUCUCAUGGAGCUGCACAUUUUGAGUGGUAAAAUUCAAGGUGAACAUCAUCCUUCAAGG